AUGACUAGAUUCGCUAAAAAUUUCAAUUUAUUCAAACCUUUAUCCAAACGGCCACCAUCUGUACCGGUAUUAGAAUGUGAAAAGCAGUUACAAUUGAAACAACAGCUUUUGUCAACGCGCGUCUACAUCAUUUUCUUAUUUUUCUUUACAACUGCACUUAUUCUUUACACAUCUUUACGCUAUAAUGUGGAAAUGAGAAGAUUCUCUGUGUCAUCGUACUCUGACUAUCAAAACUUAUCAGUUCAGUUUCGGGCGAGUUCAUUAUCUUGUCCAUGCACGAUCAUCAGUAAUGAAUAUUCGAAUUUCAUCUCAAUUGCAUCUAAAGCAUUGCAUCCAGUCGAUGUUAGUCCCUUAUUUGAUCCAAGAUGGAUAGGACUACAAAUAAGUCUUACAAAUGUACCCAUUGAAGAAAAUUUACCUUUGAUUUUUGUGUACUAUUUACAGUUCACAAAAAAUCUCUGCUUUAUUGCCAGAACUUUUGCUCAGGCGAGAAUUGAACGUUUUCUAUCUACAUUCUAUACAACAUCAUUUUUAACUGACAAAAAGCACUUCGAGAAAGAUCUCGAACUACAAGUAGACCGAUUUAUACAGUUACUUGCAUCGCAAUACAAACAUCUAAUAGAAGUAAGUCGUGCAAUGAUAUCCUCAAAUAGCCUAUUACCUGCAGUUCAAACAAAUUACGAAUGGGAUCUGAUCCGAACGCCAAAUAAUCAAAGUGGAAUGCCGUACAUAUCAGACAUUCUAUACAUAAAUAAGAAAUGGAAGAAAUAUCGUAAUCAAACGUAUUCGUGUCAAAUACCAUCGAAAUUCUAUAAAAAGCAACUAUAUUUUCCAAGAACGAAAAUCCCUGUGCCUGGAAUGUAUCUUAGUUGUUAUCUCAUUGACGGUCUCCUUCAAUCCACACUUGAAUGUUUUUUCAAUAUCAACUGUCUUGAAUUACUAAGAAUUCAUAUGUUUUCACAAUACAACAUAUCGGCAGGCAAGUUUGACGAACCAUCAAAUUCAUCUUUGUACCGAGCGAAUUCAACAGUGCAAGAAUUAAUAGACAUAUUGUUUGUUGCAGAAUGGUCUGUUAAUAUUACUUAUUCAUCAUAUUACGACAAAUGUCAACCAAAAGAAUGUCAUUACGCAGUUAUAAAAAAGUUUCAAUUAUCUUAUGUAAUGGCGAUAACGUGUAGUAUUUUGAGCGGUUCACUCAAAGCAUUGCCGAUAGUUAUUCCUCUACUAGUUAAAAUUUGCUUUAAAUUAUGGAAAUAUAGGAAAGUUAGACACUGCUUUCGACGACAAGGAAACAAUAAUCGAAUCAAGCCUGUGAAACCAUCUUUAUCGGCGUAA